AUGGAUUUAAUACCAGAAUCCCUUGCGGGAAAGCCGGUCUUGGUCGUCCUUUCAACGACCUUGGACGACGCACCAUCAGGCCGGGGAUCGAUCGAGGAACUCUAUGCUGCUCUGCAGCUCAAUGUCAUGAGACAUAGGCAGCUGCGUGUCUAUCCGAGCCUGGCGGAGAUGCGACAAGACCGCUACAAGAUAGGAGACAUUCGUGCUCUAGACAUCAUCGCCCAAGAAAGCCCCGGAGAGUUUGCUUUCAGACCAAAGACCUGCUUUGGUUGCAGCCCUUGCGAGCUUGGAAUAGACGUAGAUGGACAGAACGUCGUGAAGAGAUCCCACAGCUGUGGUGGAAAUGGAGUCCGAACCUGUCCAAAGAGCGAAGCCCAGAAGGAGGUAGGCUGUCAGCGAAGCAAAAGACAAAAGACCGGCACAUCAGCUCCUAUCAAGCCGCUUGGGAUCGGCCCGAAUAACCCGCUGCUGCUGCAUCAGGAGUAUAUACCGACAUUCGAGGAGCUUGGGGAGUUCCGAGUCUUCCUUUGCGCGCCGGACGACCCACAAGAAGACGCUGAAGUUAUCGUGGCAGCAUUCACCAAGUUUGGGAAUGAUGGGAUGAUGAUGGCCCGCGAGAUAAGGACUAGCGACUUUGUAUGGGCAGGGCAAGAUAAGAAAGCGCGGUCUGCCAAAGAAACCCAGCUACAUCGAUUCGCCCAGCACGUGUACUCGCAACUUUGCAAGCGGCAUGAUGCUCACGAGAGGUACGAGUCAUUGAAAAUAGGGGUCCGCCUGGAUAUCGGAGUGUCCGAACUUUCGCCAAAUGGUCUAUUUUUUGUGAAUGAGGUCACCCGCUGGCAUUCGGCCGACUUCUUCUCGAGAGAUGUUCUUUCGUAUCCUUGCCUACGUAUCUGCGAGAAGUACGGGGUUUCUUUUGCAACAUACAUAGCCAAGCUGUGGUGCCAAGCUCGAGAUUGA